AUGGUCGUCAAACCACUUGCUCAAGUCGAUCCCUCGAAGCUCAAAGGAGCCUCUGUGCUCAUCACUGGAGCUGCCUCCGGACUUGGAAAAUCCACCGCCACGUUCUUCGCACAGUCGGGUGCCCUUGUUACGAUAGCUGAUCUUCAAGAUAGAUCUUCUUUCGCCGCGGAAUUGACACGGCAAGGUCACACCGCGCAGUUCGUUCGGUGCGAUGUGACAGAUUGGGGCUCUCAAGUCGCCGCAUUUCAGGCCGCGCUCCGCUUCUCUCCGACAAGGACACUGGAUGUCGUCGCAGCCUUUGCUGGAGUCGACGGGAACAUCAACGUCUUCGAACACAUCUUGGAGACCGAGGCCAGUGUGGACGGCCAACCUCCGGCCGUUCCCAGUGUUGCCCCUAUCGAUGUCAACCUGAAAGGCGCAUAUUUUACAUCAAUCCUCGCCUUGCACUAUUUUCGCCUCAAGGCCCCCGAUGGCACCGUCCCCGUCUCAACCAUCACAAAAUCACUUACGAUCGUGGCUUCUUUGUCCGGGUACAUUGACGAGGACCACAAUGUGACCUACUCGGCGUCCAAGUUCGGCAGUCGGGGGCUCUUCCGCACCAUCCGGGCCAAGGCGUACGAUCAAUUCCACGUGCGUGUCAACGCCAUUGCACCAUGGGCCAUGAGGACGCCUAUGACCGAGGCAAUGCUUGAAGGUAUUGCGGAGCUCGGUAUCGUACACGGGAAGGGCAUCACGGUGGUGGAACACGAAGUGUUGACGCAGGCAUUGACGACGAUUGCGGUGGACGACACUAUUCGUGGUCGUUCGUUUGCAAUUGUUCCAGAAGGCGCCGUUGACUUGGGAGACGACAUCGACGGGAAUUACGGAGGCACAAGACUCGUCGAAUUAAUGGCCUUGCGUAAGGAAGCCGGUGAUAUCAUCUUCGAAUGA